GACCAGCGGUGCGCAGCCUAACGUCUCUCUCUCUCUGACUCUGAAGGGUGGAGUUAAGAAAUGUCUGCUGUCAGUGUCUCGCUCGGCUCAACUUUGCUGUUUUUCAGCGUCUUCGUGUUCGUCUCUGCAGUCCAGAUAAACAUCACAGCCGAGUCUGGACAGGACGUCACGCUUCCAUGUCGAGUUACAAAUAACAUCACAGCUGUAGAGUGGAGCAGAGCUGGCCUGGGACAGAAAAAUGUCUUUUUGUACCAGGAUGGGCGUUUUGUUCCAAACAACCAGCAUCCAUCAUAUAAGAACCGAGUGGCUCUCAGAGGGAUGAAGGAUGGAGACGCGUCUUUGAUUGUGAAGAAAGUGACCACUGCUGACUCUGGAACAUACAAGUGUCGUGUUAAAAUAGCAGAAACAGGCUCAUGGAAAUACGUCACCAUCAAUCUGAAUGUUUCUCCAGGUGAGUGAGUAACUCUGAUUUUU